AUGAUGAUGGUCAACAGUAUUACUAUAUUCCUUUCUGCUUGCCUCAGUGGCUACCUUGUUCUCGCCGAUACAGCUUCCUUGCGUCAAAAAUUCACUGCUUUGAAAAUUGAUGCUGUUUUCCCUGGAGACCCGAAUUAUGUAAAAUUUGCCACCCCUUUCAACAAAAGGCUUUCGUACAUGCCAGCAGCCAUAGUUUUCCCUAACAACACGAAUGCUGUAGCCAACUGCGUCAAAGUUGGGGUGGGGGAAAAGUUACCCGUCUCUCCUCGUGCUGGUGGGCACUCAUACGCCGCGUACGGCCUUGGGGGAACCAAUGGUGCUCUGGUUAUUGAUCUCCAACGAAUCAAUCAGAUUUCCAUCGAUAGUGGUGGGGAAGCUACGAUUGGAACCGGAAGCAGGCUUGGAGAUAUCGCUCUCAGUUUGAAUAGACAGGGGGGUCGAGCUUUGCCACAUGGAGUGUGUCCCUACGUCGGUCUGGGCGGCCAUGCCUCGUUCGGAGGCUACGGCUUCACCAGCCGACAAUGGGGCUUGACGAUAGACCAACUACUUGGCCACGAGGUCGUGUUGGGCAAUGGCUCCGUCAUCACCACUUCGAAAACAGUCAAUAGCGAUUUAUUUUGGGCUCUAAGGGGGGCGGGGUCGUCCUAUGGGAUCAUGACUGCGAUGCGGUUUCGAACGCAAACUGCCCCCGCCCAGGCCACGAACUACGUCUACGACUGGGACCUGAGUGAAGCAGAAUUGACCACUGCACUCAUCAAACUACAAACCUAUUGCAUGUCCAACUUGCCCGCCCAAUUGGGUAUGACUGCAAACCUCAGAAAGAGCACUCAAAGCGGCAAGCUGAGGUUCUCGUUUACCGGAGCUUGGUAUGGAGCGCAAAAUGCUUUCAGCGGCGUUGUCCAACCGUUUUUAUCUCAGAUGCCCACUCCUGCUGGGAAAUCUGUCAAAACAUCAGAUUGGAUUACCAGCUUGCAGGGCUUGGCCGGUAACCAAGCUCUCUCUACAUCAGGUGUGGACCUCACGCAGGAGCACGACACUUUUUAUGCCAAAAGCAUAACCACUCCUCAAUCGGCACCAAUGUCUAACUCGUCUAUCCGUGCAUUUUCUAAAUACCUCGCCAAUCAGGGUGUCCAGUCCAACACUGUUUGGUUUGUGCAAUUGGAACUUUAUGGCGGGAAAAAUUCCGCCGUCACUGCCGUUUCAGCCGACGAAACUGCCUUUGCCCAGCGUGCCAUCUUGUUUACCAUUCAAUUUUAUGCUUCAUCCAGUAAUUUUGCACCGCCCUAUCCGACUGCAGGUUUUACUUUGUUGGAUAAUAUGGUAGAUAGCAUCGUAAACAACAACCCUUCAGGAUGGAACUAUGGUGCAUAUGCGAAUUACGUCGAUGAUCGUCUUUCUCCUUCGCAAUGGAAAUCCCUGUAUUACAAAAACCAUUACCAACGCCUCACUCAAGUAAAAGGGGCUUAUGACCCUCAAAACGUUUUCGUUUACCCUCAAAGUAUCACAGAACCGACCCAAUCAAAACGACUCAAGCGUGACAACUUCUAG